AUGACAACACAACCACCUUCAUUUGUUCACUAUGCAGAGAUGCUCUCUGAUAAAGUUGGAGGACAAGCCUUGGGCUGCAGUGACCAAUGGUUCGCUCCUUGUGUAAACUUAAUAAGUCAUUCAAAUCCCAUUUGGGCAGAAGGCAAAUAUGUAGACACUGGAAAGUGGAUGGAUGGAUGGGAAACCAAAAGACAUAAUAAUACAUAUGAUUGGUGUAUCCUUAGAUUGGGUAUCACCGGUAUCAUCAAGGGAUUUGAAGUGGACACUGCAUUCUUUACUGGCAACUAUCCACCCUUUGCCUCAAUCGAAGCACUUUGCGAUGAUAAUGAACCAACAUUUGCACAAUUGUCUGCAAGUGAACAAUGGUCAGAAAUAUUACCAAAGUCAAACCUGGGACCAGGUUGCAAGCAAUACUUUGCAAUUGAAUCAACGACUAGAUGGACACAUCUUAGAUUGAAGAUCUAUCCAGAUGGUGGUGUAGCUCGUCUUCGCGUUUAUGGACUGGCCUCGAAGGAUUGGUCACUGGUGUUCCCAGGCGAGUUGGUCGAUCUGGCCGCCAUUGAGAGUGGUGGCGUCGUGAUCAACUGUAGUGACAUGUAUUUUGGACACAAGAACAACAUCAUCAUGCCUGGCCGCUCUGUUAAUAUGGGUGACGGCUGGGAGACAAAGAGAAGGAGAGGUCCUGGCUACGACUGGCUGGUCCUCAAGCUGGGCGCCCCAGGUAAUGUACGAAGAAUUGAGGUGGACACCAAUUGGUUCAAGGGCAACUUCCCAACAUCUUGCUCAAUCGAUGGUGCCUACUCAACAGACACAUCAGUCGAGCGUGUUCCAACCAAUGUCCAAUGGAAUGUUGUGUUGCCAAACACUCCACUGACUGGCCAUCGUCGACACCUCUUCCAACGCGAGCUCAAGAACACCGAUCUCAAACUAACGCACAUUCGUCUCAACAUCUUCCCCGACGGUGGAGUCAGCAGACUACGUGUGCAUUGCGUACCUGAUCUCACAGAGGCAACUCAAAGCAGUUCAACUCAGUAA